UAUAAAACGUAUUUCGCGUGCAUAUGUAAUGCAUAUAUAUAUAUUGUGUUUCAUAUUUAAUAAAGUGUAAUAAUAGCAGAACAACAUAAUUACAUAUAAGCCUGCACAUCCAUAGAUACGCGCCGCCACAACCAUUGUACGCAGUCGGACAUAACGACGAGUACGCAACUCACAAAAUUAAAUCAACCAUCACUUAAACGUGUAGCGGAUGUUGAAUUGUGCACUACAAUACUAAUUGAGCUCAAUUCAAAUAAAAAAACUUUACUUUGCAUUAUUAUUGCAAUAAAAUGUACAUAAAAGAUCUUCUAAUGGAGGAGAACUUAACGACAAUACAAAAUUUCUACCAUGGCACAAAUAUAUUCGUUACUGGUGGUACCGGAUUUCUUGGCAAAAUACUACUCAAUAAACUAUUUACAUCUUGUCCUGGCAUUGAGACAGUCUACGUACUUAUCAGAAACAAAAAGAACAAGAAUGUACAUGAAAGAGUUGAGGAAAUCUUCAACGAUCCGAUAUUUAAUGCCAUGAAAAAAGUUUCACCGAAGUUUUAUCAUCACGUACAAGGCAUUUCGGGUGAUUGCCUACUCCCAAAUUUGGGUAUUUCAGCAGAAGAUCGAAAAACACUGAUAGAACGUGUCAAUAUUGUCUUCCACAUGGCAGCAACAGUGCGUUUUGAUGAAAAAUUAAAAGUGGCCAUGCAAAUUAAUGUAAAAGCAGCCAAGGACGUGAUGGUGCUUUGUAAUGAAAUGACCAAUCUGAAAAGUGCCUUACAUAUUUCCACAGCUUAUACACAAUGUCCAUUACGAAAAAUUGAUGAAAAGUUUUAUCCACCACCGAAUGACACAGAAAACUUAUUAUUGUUAACAGAAUGCACGCCAGACAAAUUAUUGGAAGAUAUGACACCAGUUUUGCUUGGUAAAUGGCCGAACACAUAUACUUUCACUAAAGCAGUAGCUGAAGACGUUGUCAAAACCUAUGGAAAAAAUCUUCCUGUAGGCAUGUUCCGUCCUGGAAUCGUUAUUUCGACUUAUCGCGAUCCUGUUUGCGGUUGGAUUGACAACUUGUACGGACCUACCGGUGCUAUAGCCGGUGCUGGUACGGGUGUGAUACGUUCACUGCGUUGUGAUCCUAGAGCCGUAGCUAAUAUGGUACCGGUUGAUUUAUGCGUGAACAGCAUAAUUACGGCCUCUUGGGAUGUAUCGAGAAAACACAAUACCAUAAAGCUAGCAAACGAAAUACCGGUAUAUAAUUUCUGUACUUCGAAGGAGAAUCAAUUGACUUGGGGUGAUUUUACUACGAAAACCACAAAAUAUGGACUCAUGUACCCCACAUUGAAAGCACUUUGGUAUCUUUGCUACGCUAACAGACCCAACAAAAUUAUGCAUAUGCUAUCGAUAUUCUUUCUGCAUUAUGUGCCUGCCACAAUAUUCGAUGCCGUUUGUAUGUGCCUUGGAAAGAAACCGCGUUUAUUAAAUACGUACAAGAAAAUUCACAAAUUUAUGAGUGUCAUUGAGUAUUUCUCACUACGUCAGUGGGACUUUCAAAUAGAGAAUGUGCGGAGUCUGUGGGAAAGCCUAUGCGAUCGAGAUAAGGAAAUAUUCUUCUUCGAUAUGACACAACUUGACUGGGAUCUUUUCUUGCAGCAAUACUUCCGUGGCAUUAGACAGUAUUUGCUACAAGAUCCACUCGAUACUAUACCGCAGGCACUUGUACGAUGGAAUAGACUCUAUUGGUUGCAUCAAUGUUUGAAAUUUGCUGUACUUGCUUUGUUGGCGCACAUUACUUGGUUAAUAUUCUCCAAGGUUUUUUAAAUGACAAUUACUUUAUAUUAUAAGGUUUUUAUGUUAACAGACAGAAUAGUUUAAGUAUAGAAAUCAAUCAUUAAAACAAAAAAAUUGUGUCAAAAUCUUAAGUUUUUUAAAUCCUUUGCGAUUGCAUUGUAAUGGACAAUUUUAUCUAUCCGUAACAUUAUUUCGAAUUCUUUUAUUUAUAUAAUUAUUUAUUUUUAAGUAUUAGUUUAUGAAAGCGAACCACUCUGGAGAAGGUAAAUAUGGUUAAUUUUAUCUGGAUAAUUAUACGAAAACUUUUAUAUACUAUAUAAUACUUUGUAUAUACGGAAA